AUGGACAAAGAUCUGGAGAAGAACCACGAUCACCAUUCAUUGCAUCCCAGUCAAGGUCCAAGGUUCUACGGACGGAGUCCAGUAUCGCGUUGGGCGAGUUUGUUGGGACGUUUCUCUUUCUUUUCUUCGCAUCCACCUCAACGCAAAUCGCUUCAGAAGCCGCCAUCAUCGAUCCGUUCAUACCAGCAGGCUUCUGAGCCACCGGGGAUACAAAAGCUUAUCUACGUCGCUUUCGGAUUCGGUUGUGCCCUGGCUGUUGAUGUGGCGAUCCUUUCGGAUGUCGGUGGUGGCAUGUUCAAUGCCGCUUUCACCGCAGCGACUUGUCUCGUAGGUCUUAUCCGUUGGGACCGUGCUCCCUACUCCAUCACCGCCCAACUCUUCACCUCCGUCCUUCCGUCUUUGGUCAUCUGGGCUCUCCUGCCAGGUCCCGUGCCAUUCAAUGCGGCCUUAGAUCCGACUGUAUCGAUUGCUUGUGGACUGUUUCUGGAGAUGUUCCUCACUGCGCAGCUUGUCUUGACAAUUCUCAUGCUUCCAUCUAGAGGUGCCAAGCCGCUCUACAUUGGCAAGGCUCUGUUCACUGCAGAAAUGGCUAGUGUUCUCUCCACCGGUAGCUUUUUGAAUUCUACUGGGAGUUGCGGACCUACUAGUGAUCGGCUUUCAGAUCUGCGGCUAGAUUUAUUGGCUGGUACCUGGCUUGGGUGCUGCGCUCGGCAGUGGAGCUCAGCUUGA